UCAGCUCAGAUCAACUAUAUCAUAUCCCACCACCGUCAGUUACGGCUAACACGCGAUCAUUUAUUAAUGUGGUGGUUUCAACGAUUAAACGGAACAAUUUUUAGUCGAUUAAUCAAUCUAAAGUCUCAUCAUAAUCAUCAUUAUACAGUUACAAGUUUAGAAAAAAAUAUUUUUUAACCAAAGACACUAGUUACAAUAAUAAUAAUAAAUUUUAUUAUUCAUAUAUUAAUUAGAUUAAAUAAAAUGAACGCUGAAGAUAUUAAAAUAAUUUGGAAAAAUGCGGAUGCCGUAUCGUUUGAUGUCGAUUCAACGGUUAUUCAAGAAGAGGGAAUCGAUGAACUUGCCAAGUUUUGCGGAAAAGGAGAUCAAGUUACCGAGCUAACUAAAAAAGCGAUGCAAGGAAACAUGACUUUUCAACAAUCUUUAACAGUUCGGCUGAAUAUAAUACGACCAAGCUUGGAGCAAAUAAAACAAUUUAUAAAAAUUCAUCCACCAAAACUUACGCCAGGAAUUAAAGAGCUAGUCGAUAAGUUACAUGAAAAAAAUAAAAAAGUCUUCCUGGUAUCUGGCGGAUUUCGGUGUCUGAUAUCACCAGUCGCUACUCGAUUAAAUAUUUCUCAAGAUAACAUUUUUGCCAACCGUCUUCUCUUUAAUUUUGCCGGAGAAUUUGGUGGAUUUGAUGAGAACGAGCUGACGGCUAAAAGUGGUGGUAAAGCACAAGUCAUCAAAAGGUUGAAAGAAAAUUACAAUUUUAAAACAAUUGUUCACAUCGGUGAUGGCGCAACCGAUCUUGAGGCAUGUCCACCAGCAGAUGCAUUUAUUGGCUUUGGUGGUAAUGUCGUCAGAGAUACCGUAAAAAAUGCAUCUCGGUGGUUUGUUUAUGAUUUAAAUCAACUAAAAGAGGCUCUAGAUUAAAUUUAAUUAUUAUUGUUUAUGUUUCAACGUAUGAUAACAAUCAAAUCAAAUCAAAUAGUAUUAUCAAAGGCAGAAUUUUUAAAAACAGUUGCUCUGAUAAAUUUUACAUACACUUAUUACAAUAGUUUUCUUUUCAAAUUACAGAUUAAAAAAU